CUAUCUAGUUUACAUCUCUCAUCUUUCUGUCUGUCCAAGCUUUGUGAAGUGAUACCUUUCUUUUAUUUCUUCUUCUCCUUCUCCUUCUUUUCCUUUGAACCAAUCUGUACAGAUAACUGCGUUUGCAUUUGAUACGUUGUCAAUGGAUGUUCCCGCUGGGCCGUCUUUUGAAGAGUCGCACGACACUGCACUCUGCCUCAUACCUCCACCUCACCUUUGGGGCCCAGUCAACACGCUACGAUCACUCAACGACGACAAGUUCACAAAAUGGCCACCGCAUGUCACUCUAGUCUACCCAUUCGUGAAACCAGAAGUCCUCCCAGAUGCCGUUGAGGCGCUCAGCCACCUCGACCUGAUGCCAGAUGGUGACGGCAUUUCCAUCAACUUGCAGGAGGCUGGGGUCUUUUCCCAUCGCCGACACAGCACAGUUUUUAUUCGUCCAAAAUCUGGACAGGAGAAAAGACGCCUUUCGGAGCUGAGAGACCGGAUAUACCGCUUUCUUGGAUGGCCUAAGGGUAGACAGUACCAUCCUCAUCUAACAGUCGCACAGAGUGAAGAUUCCCACGCAGCAUGGCAUCAAUUCCUCCUGGAAAAAGCACGGCUUGUAGCGCCGCUGGCAUGGAACACUCACCAACUUGCAAUUUUGAUACGUGACCCUCUAUCUCCGAACAAGAUGACAGCCUCGCGACCGAUGAGGCUCUGGGGAUAUAUCGAUCUGGCUUCUAAGUCUCUCGUACGCGAUCCGACGAACUUGGCGACAAUCCCCGAUCUACCACAGGAUACUUCUUUGCCAUCUCCUCAAGACACUUUCCGCUAUGACGGCGUGAACACGUUAUGGAAACCCCUUACAGACAGCCUCAACAGCCUGGAGUCUGAAUCGGAACGGCCUGGUCGCCUUGUUGUCGCUUCCUAUAAUGUCUUGGCUGAGUUCGGCUGGCCGCCUACUGCAUCUAGAUAUCCUGGACUUGUUAGCAAUAUUCUCUCUGAGCGCGCCUCGGCCGAUAUCCUUGUCCUUCAGGAGGUCACAGAUCAGUUUCUCGACUUUUUACUGGCAGAUGGCAAUAUAAGACGGCAAUAUCCUUUCUCUACCCAUGGAUCACCUCAACAGCUUGAUGUUGGUCCUCUACCUAGUCACUUGAACAUUGUGGUUCUCAGCAAGAUUCCCUUCCAGUGGAAGUAUCUGCCGACCGCAAAAAAGCACAAAGGGUUUGCAAUUCUCACAUUUCCUACAGUACAAGUUGGCGAGUCCUCAGAUUCUCAUACAUCGCCCUUGGUUCUAGCUGCCUGCCAUCUUAGUAGGGGGCUAACGGACAUUGCUCUUAAUACGAAAAGAGAUGAGAUAACAACUCUUGUUGAAUAUUUGAAAUCCUCCUUUCCUCGGAAUCCAUGGGUAAUUGCCGGUGACUUCAACUUGGCUUCAUCGUCUCGCACGAUUGAUGAAGCGCUGGAAGCAGGCGAAAUUUCAGAAAAGGGCCUUGAAUGUCUUCAAGUAAUCGACACCAUUGUGGCAAAAGCUGGAUUUCAAGACUCGUGGCUAAUCACUCGAGUUGGGCCUGGAGAAUCUUCAAGCACGACAGGAAGUCAUGAAUCAAAUUUGGGGCUUUACGAGGGAGAACAGGGAGCAACUUUUGACCCAACCUCUAAUGACCUUGCUGCCGCUUCUACCGGCGUUGUUAACAGCCGCCCGCAGAGGUAUGAUAGAAUAUUAGUCAAAAAGUGUGCGCAGUUGCACCCCCAUGGAUUCAAUAUGUUCGGUCAGCCAGCCGUCAAUGAGAACGGAAGCACCUCUCAAACUUUUGCCAGCGAUCAUUGGGGCAUUCGCUGCCUACUUAUGCUGUCACCUCGUGAAGAAGGAAAUGAAACACAGUCUGCUUUUCACUUUCAAGUCGACUUACAUAAAGCUGCCCUUUCUUUGGGUAAUUUCGAAGAGCUAAAGGCUAGUCUAGAAUCCAGUGGUCAAUUCCCUACCACUGCUGAAGCGAAUCUGAGAAAAGAAGCAAUUGAUCUCCUUCAAAGAAUUUUGAUCGAAGAAGACGCUACUACCACUGCCGCUGAAACGCGCUCAAAAGUGCAACUUGCUCUUAUCCCAGUCGGUUCGUUUGGCCUGGGUGUGUGGACUAACUUGUCAGAUGUCGACUGUCUCUGUGUAGGCAACAUAAGCACCCGUGUAUUUUUCAACCUGGCAGUACAGAAGCUGAGAAAGGCUUCUGCAGAUGGUGUAAAGAUUCUCCGGCGUGUAAUGGCAAAUACUGGAACAAUGCUCGAGCUGGAAAUCCGCGGUAUCAAAUUUGACCUUCAGUAUUGUGCUGCCGCAGCUAUAGCUCAAGGAUAUCCUGAUGUUCUGAAACGGCCACCAUCGGACCCCGUCUUCACUUUGCCGCUCCAAACUUUGGCAAAACUAAAACCUGCAAGGGAUCCCUUUUACCUACGCAGGUCCAUCCCUGAUAUGACGAAAUAUCGCGUAGCACAUCUCUUUAUCAAAGCCUGGGCACAGUCAAGGGGCCUAUAUGCAGCAAAGUAUGGGAUGCUGGGCGGAAUCCAUAUUUCAUCCAUGUUGGUGCCCGUCUGCAAAGCAUUGGCAAAUGAGUCCGAAACAGUCUCCACAGCCGAUAUUCUGACGACCUUUUUCCAACACUACUCACAAUUCAACUGGGAGAAAGGGGUAGUAUUCGAUCCAUUUUAUCACCUGGGUUUGAGAUAUCAUCGCACAUUUAGAGAGCCACUGUGUCUACUUGGUUGGCAUGGGCCAUCUCUUAAUGCUGCAUCCACUGCAUCUAUUUCCACCGUCAAUGCUCUUACUUCUGAACUCACCAGAGCUGCAGCCCUGUUUGACCAAGAAGAUAUGACAUGGGGCAAAUUUCUCGGCUUGGAACAAUCCAGGGCGCCGUCGAGUUUAAUUGAGAAGGGAGCUGCUGAUUUUCUUGCGUCAUAUCGAACUUAUAUCAAAAUAAAUGCUCGCUACUGGGGAUCCUCUCAACAGAAAGGAAGAAAAUACCUAGGCUGGCUAGAGUCUAGGUGUAUAUCUAUACUUGUUGAUAUAAGUCGAAAAUCCCCAAGUCUCAUACCACGCAUCUGGCCAGCCAGAUUUGCAGAUGCAGAUCCGGCAGACAGUGCUGACGACCAGAACUCGGAACUCAACGCUUGCUAUCUAAUAGGUCUCAAGUGGGAUGAGAGUGUUACUGAUAAAUCUACGGCGAACCUGGCCGCCGCAGAGGGAAAUGUCCAGGUGAUCCUUCAAGAAUUUGAAUCACGUAUCCAGAAGGACGAGAAGUACUUUGAUGCCGAAUCAUGUUGGAUGAGCGCAUCUAUUACUCGUCGAUCUAGCCUUGGCUCUGUGCGUCUUGCGCCUGGCCAGCUAUACGACUUCGAUGCCGAUGAUGCCGACCUGGACGAAGACGAUGAUCCGGAUGAAUUGAACGAAUCAGACAGCGAGUUCUCUGGCACCAACAAGGACUCUCGAGCAACAAAGACAGACUCCUCAAAGUCUCCACUCAAAGCUGUCAAGCCACCGGGGGCAGGUAAACUUCGCAGCGCCAUCGACACCCUAAAUAGAAUUCGUUGGGACGUUUCCAUGGAUUCCAGCGACUUCCUGGUUGGAUAUGAGGACCGCUUCAUCGGAGCUCAGGAGAAGGCAUUGGAUAGCUGGAAGGCUGAGCAAACGGACGAGGAGUUCAUCCCACAGCACCGAAUAUUGUACUUCAAGCGCAAGAGUGAUGGAGUGAUUGUAUGGGAUAGAAGGUCACGAGUGGACACUGUAUUUGGUAGUGGAUGAAGUGAAUGGGAAACAUGUAAGCCGACAAAUUACGCACUGGACGUUAGAUAUCUUUUUAAAAUUAGGAGCAAAUUAUUAUUAUGUACAGACAACGUUUGGCUAUAUAGCCAUACAUGGUAUAGAUGGUAUCAGAUCCCAGCUCAUCUAGGCUUCCCAGGACU